AUGAUGUCUCCUCUGGAUAAAGUUAUGUCUAAUAUGUCCCUGGAAGAAGAAGAAGAACCGUUUGUCCUUCCGGAGCUUCCAGAAUUCUACUAUACUGAAAGGAACACUCUAAGCAUGGUGGGUCGUCUUCUCAACCCCCAAUGUCAUAAGAUGUCUGACCUAAUCGUUGAUAUGCCAAGAAGAUGGCAACUCUAUGAUAGAGUUAAAGGUGUUGCUCUCUCUAAAGACAGAUUUCAGUUCAUCUUCAAACAUGAACAUGAUCUCUUGGGUAUUUUGAACCGUGGGGUCCAUACUCACAACAUGUGGCCGAUUGUGCUGGAGCGGUGGGUAGCGAAACCUCCUCAUGACUUCCUGCAAUACAUCUAUGUGUGGGUGCAGAUGAGAAAUAUACCGGUUAACCACUACACUAAAAAUACAAUCACUUCCCUUAGAGACUUUGCGGGGAAAGUUGAGGUUGUGGCCUUCGUUCCUGAAAAGACUCAGACGAUGGACUAUGCUAGAGUCCAUGUGAAGUUCUAUGUCUCCACACCUCUAAGACGUUCGAAGAAGCUGACACUUCCAGGAGGGGAGGAAGUUAAUAUUCUCUAUGACUAUGAGAGACUUCAGAAGAGGUGCUACACUUGUCAACAUUUGACUCGUGAACAGUCUCUUUUCCCCUGGAGUAAAAACAGGAAGAUGACGGUUGCUCAGCAAACUGCAAAAUCCCCUGAGAAGCAGAUUGGUCUCGACCCUAUGACUGGGAGACCUAAGCUAGCCAAAGAAGUGUUGGAAGGAAUGAGACGAUAUUGCUUGAUGGUGGCUAAUGUUAAGAAAGGAUUGCUAGAGAAGAAAGGAUUCAGAGCUCCCUUAAAGACCUGGAGAAUGAUCAUAUUGCUUAUGUCGGGUGCUAUUGAUGCAGGUAAAAGGAUUCUUCGGUCUGGAAAAGAGUUAACCUUUCAGGAAGACUUUAUGAGACUUAAAGGCUCGGCUCAAUAUGACUCUUUUCAGGAAGGUUCAACGGGUUUUAGCAUAUGUCUCUGUGAAACUAGUGCUUCUGGGACCAACCUGAAAAAAUCCAAGGCAAGGAAGAGACCUGGCACCUAA